AAAAAAAACAUUAAAAAUGAAACAUUUGGUAUGAAAAUACAUUACAUACAUGAAUUUGUUAAUACUGUCAGGAAAAAUGGAUAAUGGAUAAAGACUUUAUCUCAUAAAAGCAUAUUUUGCUGUAAUUUAUCACAAUUUCAAUACUCAAUUGUUCUACUGCCCAGCCCUACUUUCCAGUCUUCCAAUGAAAUGGCCUCAGUAAUGCUUUUCCGCAUUCAUAUUUGAGUAAAAACACCCCGCACGAGCAGAUGUUCAAACUAGUCACGUCUAGAAACGCACAUGGCUGCCACCUUGUAACAUGCAAACACGACACUGAAUUAUUCAAGAGCAAUCUUUUUGAAAGACGUAAGCAUCUGUAAUGGUGGAGCGUAGCAGUUUAUGUGGUGAUGCCCACAGGAUUGUGUAAUCAAACAGCCAUUAUGUAAUUUGUAAUGAAGUCAGCCAUAUGUGUGAUGUACACAGAUGGAGAACAAGCUAAUGGUUAUAAUUAAGUGUAGCUACAUUUUCCAUGGAACUAACACACAAAUAAAAGCACUUUUUAUAUCAACAAAUUAAAUGUCCAAGGUUUAUAACAUGGAGUUUCCCCAUCAUGAUUAGACGAUGAACUUAAGUAUUAAUAGUGCUGUACAUUCUUUCUUUUAUGGUUUCGUGAAAAAAAGACCAUUCUACCACAUGCAUGGUCUAUUAUUAAUAUAGUAAUCUUUAUAACAGGUUUAGAAAACACUGAACAGGUCUUCAGGGUGCUAGAAGGAUCCAGUAGAUUUUGUAAAUGAUAAAGUGUUUUUAAGGAAUAUCUGCCCUUUGAUGCUCUUUAUUAUCUCCUGUCAAAAUAUCAAUUCUACUACUGGUAUUGUCCAUAAUGGAGUCAGUAAUUAUUUCAAGAGUGGGUAAAACACAGUCAUGACAUAUGGCAUCCCUCUACCACCCCCACACUGUCACUCUCACCAGUUUCUGUCAAUCGAUUAUGCUUGAGUGAACUGGCCCCUCUGUUUGGGAUUAAUGUCUAGACGUGUCCUAUUGGGUGCCAGAGCAGAACAAGGUCUCCAAUUGGCAGAAAGUGACAUAUAGGGCUAGCAAACUUGGCCUCUGAAAGGUGAGAGGACUAGAGACUGACAGAAGGGAGGAACUCCCCUGUGUGAAAGAUGAUGCAAGCUUUCUAUGAAAGAGGCUGGUGAUGGUCUUCACGCUCAAAUGAACUCCAUGAUGGGAGCUCUUCAAGAACUCAAACUUCUCCAAGUUCAAACUGCCCUUGAGCAGCUGGAGAUCUCGGGAAAAAAGAAUUGUGCGUCUCCACCACCAGCUAAAUCCAUUAACUGUAACUUUGAGCCUCAAGACCAGGAACAUCAGUUAUCUGAGAUCUCUGGCCAAAAAGAUAAAGUUCAACUUCAUCACCUACAUCGCAGUAGUGUCGGGACUUCACCAUCUACAUCCAGUCUGGAGAGUGAGGGUUUGCCUUUGCUCAAGAAGAUCACAGGAUACACUGCCCCACAAGUUGAAUAUUGUGGCCCAAAAAUGUGUCAAACACCAACGGACCACCAAAGCAUGCACCCACACUCAUCCCGACUUACAUCAGUGGAUCUGUCUGGGAUUCUCCAUAGCUUGUCUCGAGAGGGACCAUCCUUGGACAGUGACUACAUCGAAGACAGCUUGGACGACUCCAGUGACUGGACAUCCUCUCUCAUGAGUCGCAGCCGCAAUCGUCAACCCCUAGUGCUUGGAGACAACGUGCUUGCUGACCUGGUAGGCAACUGGCUUGACCUGCCCGAAGUGGAUAAAGACUGUCCUGAAGGGGGAGAGGGAAUCAACAGACCAGACUCCCCAGCUCAUCCGCUCUACCUCAGCCGAUCCCAAGAGCUCUGCAAAAGGUUCUCGCUGACAAGCAAUAUCUUUAAGAAGUUUCUGCGUAGUGUGCGACCUGACCGGGACAAACUGUUGAAAGAAAAACCUGGUUGGAUGCCACCAGGUCAUGACUCUGAAGCAGAGCUUUUCAAGAGACCCAAGAAAACCACCAAGGCCAAGGGUAGAUUCUACUUGCCAUUUUGGGCAGGGGGUGGACAGCAAGCAAAGGGUAGAUUGUGUCCUCAGCCAGCAGAGGAGAGGGGCCAUUUAUUAGGACUUUACCUAGAUAGGAGACCUACAGAUGCAGUGGAAAAGGUCCAGCCUUUGCUUGAUUAUCAUACAGCUGUUUGGGUUUAACAGUGAUUUUCUGGAUGACGAGGUGGGAAUUCAACAUUUGCGCAGAACUGAGUGCGAUUAAAAAUUGAUUUGGUUUGGACUUCGUCGAUGACAAUCUAUCAAAGCCUUCAGGGUGUGAAAUGAGAUCUUUUUCUGACGAACAGCACUCGCCUCUCAGUGAGAAUACAAAUACCCAAGACACUUCUGCUGAUAUGCUAAUAUUUUUUUCCUCUCCACUCUUUCUUGUUUUAAUCUCUUAAAAUGUACUUUCUUGUUUUAAUCUCAAACACAAAUCUACCAUGUGUCUGCACUGAAUUACCACGGUCUUCAUUCAGGGCAAAUAGAGGUUCCUCUCGACCAUGAACUUCUGUAAAACUGUUCAGUGUGUUUACUUUCGGAUCUGUUUGUAGAGGUUGCAUUAUGUACAGUAUGGCACAGAUCUUCCUCCCAACACUUACAUGUAGACCUGCCUUUAGUAUCUUAAUGAAAUAGGAGAAAAGUGUCAAACUUUUUUUUUAUUCACCUACAAAUUUAAUAUCACGUUUGUACCAAUACUCUCUAAUAGUUUAUUUUUUAUUUAAAUAAUUAGCUUGUGCAAAUGGAUGAACUGCAGAAUAGUCUCGCAGUCUUGCAUUUGACAUACAAAGGAUAAUAGUGUACAAUGCCCACACAUACACCCCCCCCAGGUGACUUUGAAUCUCAAAGGGACUCCUAAGAAGAAUAAACUGAAACUUGAGAUGGCAGAAUAUCAAAAAUCUACUUCAAAAAAAAUGUCUGAAAUAUGCAAAAGGAUGUAGCUCCAACUGACCAGGUCACCAUUAUUUGUUUUAGAAGACAUAAUAAUCCCUUUUGAAUCUUACAUAAUCUUUAAGAGGGGGGAUAUGAGGCUACAUUUUUCAACUGGUGGCUUGUAAGGGGAUAUAAACGUACACAAGUACUUACACUGUGUAGAAAAGCUGUGGGUUGGGUUGUUUCUUUUUUUUCUUCCAGAUACGAAAUAUACUUCAGCAUCAUGCAGCAUUCACAAUUCAUGACACGACCGUAAAAUAACGAGGAGAAAAUGCUGAUACACAAAAAGCCAUUCUGUGCUCUGAGGGUGAAAAUGAACUGUCGACACUUUUCUACCAUAGUCACAAAGUACUUUUGUACCUAACUGCGAUUUAUACAGUGGAAAUGGGCAUGGAAAUGUAGAAAUGGCGUCGUUUGUUAAGCCUGUAUUUUGUUGUCUUGCCAAAGCAAGGUUUUUUUUUUUUAUCAUGUUAUUGAAAUCAGUGUAUAUAUACUGUGAGACCUGUCUGUUGUUACAAUUUCAAUAAAAAAUGUAUAUUUCUUUAUAUUUAAAAACAAAAAAAAUAUGUAUUAAGUGUCAGUGAUGACCUUACUGCAUGUCUAAAACUCAAAAAUGCAUACAAUAACAGAUAAGGUUUUCAUAAAUUGAGCGUUUCCCUUUGCAAAAAUAGUUUUCAAAACUAUUGGCAACCCCCCCCAAACUCUAUUCCAAUUCCAACUCUAGCUCCAGUGUGGGAGUCAACUCGAGGUUUGGGUUUCAGAAAGCGCCAAACAGGAUGUUGUUUUUGAGGCGCCUGGUCGGGUAAGGAGGGGGAAUGAGGAGAAGGGAGGCAGGCUUCUUAUCUACCUAUGGAGAUUAUUUUAUUUAAAUCGACACAGUGCUUUUCUAAUAUAAAUAUUACGCACACAAAGUUACUGUUGCCAUUGUCUGUUCAUGGUCAAGGUUGGUGGAGUUGUUUGCAUCCUCUCGCUCUCACUCUCUCUUUGUCUCAUUAACUGCACACAGGUGUAGAUACUCACUCAUUACCUGCUCAUUCUCCAUGAUAUCCUCCCCUGCUUCACAUCUGGUACUCACACCCCAGUUGCUACAAUGAGUAUUACAUGAGUUGACCCCAAGAAUCAACAAAACUCACUCAUUCACUCACUGUGAGUAACCACUUUAUGCUAGUCAGCUAUAGAGGUGUAUCCGGAGUCAUUCCUGGGAAAACUGGCCACAAGCAACUUACUGGCAUGUUUUUGAGAGAUGGGAAGAAACCAGAGGACCCGGAGGAAACCCAUGCGGACACAAAGAUGGCAUGCGAAAUGCCACACAGACAGUAACCUGAGCUCAGGAUAGAACCAUGUGUCAGCCAUCGACUAUGCUGCAAUUCUUUGAGUAAUAAAUAAAUAAAUAAAUAAGUGUUUUUAGUGAAUUGG